AGCUACGCGUGAACAUCCCUAGCAUGAGGGCGAUUGUCUGUGGACAGCGUCCCAUCCCUGAGAAGCCCUGCGGGGAGCGGGCGGGCGCGAGGGGAGGGACCGAGCGGCAGCGUACGCGCCGGACGCGUCACUAGCCACCACCGCACGCUACUGAGCACACGCACUCUUACCUCGUUAAUUUGUACCAUUACGUUAUCCAACUUAGUUUAAAUGUUUUAAAGAACCUAACAUGUAAAAUAGUUUUUGUUUAAAUAAAUCACAAACAAAAUUGGCGACCGUGACAGGACAAGGUGGAUCCAGGAGGACGGACGCGGCCAUCACCAGACAUACAAGAUCGCCAGUUAAGUAGUGCCAUCCUAUCCAUUAUUUUUCCAAAAUACUUUCCUCCUUCGAUUUGUAUCGAAGCGAGCUCAAUAUCUGCGUGAUUCGCUUACAAUAGCAUUUCAGUGUGCGCAUGGGCUCUUGCCUACCGAGUUUGGUCCUUUAUCCCUACUCGUGCAUGAUUGCCACAUGCGUGACACUUUAUUAUUUUCCAGCAAAUUAUUUCGUAAGUUCAUUAUCGUAGUGUUUCCAUCACUGCUAGCUUGCAAUAAUUUGUAUGGCAUAAAAUCUUUUCUUUGGCUACGCCAUCUUUGGUAUUUGAUUUGGUACAUUGCGCAAUAGCACGUUUUGUGUGAAAUAAUUUUCCUAAUGCUAAAAGCGCGAGCUUCCUAAAAUCAUCAUUAGCAUUGCAUAAAUCGGGAUUCUUAAUUAAGGUGGGUGUGGCUAGUCAUCAUUUUCUCACAUGUAUUUACUUAAUCCAUUAAAAUACAUGCAAUCGUUAAACAUAAGGCCUUAAAAUUGCCAAAAAACUUAAAAUUAAUGUCUAAUAAACCAUUCUCUCGUAAUAUUUUAUUUUUUCAUGCCUCAAUUCUUAUGCUAAAAUCUCUAGUGUGUCAUAGAUCGCCAUUAUUCCAACAAGUGUUUCUUCGUACGUUAUUCACGUGAAACCCCGGUGAAUUCCAGGAUUGAUCAUCUUCCUGCCCAGUGGACAUUACAGCCUGCCUAUCACGUGGCUGCCCUGGGCGCAUCGUGCCUUCCCGGGUCGUACCGAGCUCGACGUGCUGAGCUGCCACGUGCAAUAUCGCGAGGACUUGACCACCGUGUCAACUGGUUUGGUGCACAGAUUACUUUCUCUAAUUGAUUGUUUGCCCUUUUUUUGAAUCGUGCUUAUCACAAACGUACCCCAUUCUCUUACAUACCUAAGUUCGUACCUAGGUACUUAAUUUAAAUUCGAAUCAUGUCUAAAGCGGAUGCUGCUGAUAAGUUUGAAGGCGAAGGCUCUUCUAGCGAUUCAAUCGAGUUUCAUAGGCUAAUUAAUCUGCGCCGGUCAAUGAAGGGACGCUUAACUAAAUUCGAAAAUCACAUAACACCUUUAAAAUCUGUGAAACCAGGUGAUCUAAGUAGUAUACAGGUCAAGGAACUAAUCAAUCGCCUAAACAAGGUACAGUCUAUGUUCUCUGAGUUCGAUGAGGUAGAAAAUAGGUUAGAAGCUUUGAAUGAUGAUUCUGAUGAACGUGAUGAUAUCGAGGAUAGGUUUUUUUCGUUGAUAUCUCUUGCUCAGGAGUUAAUAGAGUCAUGUUCCAAGUCUGAUUCCAAACAGAGACCGAGUAGUGCUCUUUCACACCGGUCUGGUGGCAGUUGUGACCACCAUGCAAUCAAACUACCUACUAUCAAGCUGCCUACCUUUGACGGGAACUACCUUAAGUGGCUUGAAUUUAGAGACACAUUCGAGUCCAUGAUCAAUCAAAACGAUUCAAUUUCAGAAAUAAAUAAAUUUCAUUAUUUGAGAUCAUCUUUAGAGGGAGGUGCAACUGUAGUCAUAAAGUCAAUUGAGUUCACUUCCAAAAAUUAUAGCUUGGCAUGGAAUCUCUUGUGUGAACGUUACGAUAACAAAAACAUUUUAAUCAAUAACCACAUAAAAGCGUUAUUUAGCAUGGAUCCUUUAUUCCGUGAAUCUCACAAGGCUAUUAGAUAUUUAAUAGACACUUUCUUAAAGAACUUAAGAGCUCUCGAGAACUUAGAUCAACCAACUGACAAAUGGGACGUUCUCAUUUGUUUCAUUAUUUGCUCAAAAUUAGAUUCAGUCACCUGCAGGAAGUGGGAAGAGCAUAAAAAUACCUUGCCCAACUUACCGUCAUUAGCAGACAUGAUUCUAUUUCUUCGAAACCGUGCUGACAUUCUUGAGACGAUGUCUGCCAAUAGCACUGAACGAUCUAAACCUGAACCUAAAGUAGUAAGGAGUAGUGAUAAUAAGAGCGCAUUCCUACCACGAAGCUCGAAAAGUUUCGUGUCGUCAUCAAGCUCUAAACGCAAAAACAUUCAUAAUUGUCCAAUAUGUAAGCAUCAGCAUAGUAUAGUACAUUGCAACGUCUUUAAAGAUUUACCUCUUAAAGUUCGGUUAGACGAAGUCGUAAAAUUAAACCUUUGCUCGAACUGUCUCAGGAGGGGUCACGUUGUGGAAGACUGUCGCCUUCAAAGUACUUGUAGGGAGUGCGGAAAACGACAUAACACGCUCUUGCACUCAGUCAGUGAACCAGCCGUCAAACCGGCAGCCGUUGAAUCCACAUUAACUUCAACAAAUUCUGUGUCACUGUCCGCACAGUCUUCUAAUCAGCAGGUUCUUCUAUGCACUGCAUUGGUCAGGGUCACUGAUCCACAGAGUAAAAAUACUCACCUUGCUCGAGCUCUGCUUGAUGCAGGAAGUCAGUCAUGCUUCAUAUCUGAAUGGAUAUCACGGCUGGAUUGUCGUGUGUAG